AUGGCGGAACAUUUGAAAGCGCGAAAUUUUGAAAGAGCCCCAGACGUGCGCGCGCUGUACUCCACACGACAUGAGGAGAGUACUUAUACACAAGGUGUCUCUAAGGAGCCAACAGGACCACACUGCAGCGUGCCCUGUAAGAUGUCCUGGGACGAGCUGGAGGCGCUGUGCCGCAGGGAGCGGCUCUACUGCGGCCGGCUCGGCCUGAAGAGGAACAACGCCAACGAAUUCGAGGUGGAGUUCCUCUGCAACUACAAGAGGAAGAAGGAGGAGGAGUUCUACCUGGUGAAGUGGAAGGGCUUCCCGGACUCCGAGAACACCUGGGAGCCCAAGAGGAACCUCAGAUGCCCCAAAGUGAUGAAGCAGUUCCACGUGGACCUGGACCAGCAGCUGAGGCGCCACAAGAGACGCGGCACCCCCAAGAAGCUGGACUCCGAGGUCUCCGCCUUCCUCCUCCAGAAAGCCAAGGCCCGGAAGCGGCUGCAGCGCUGGGAGGGCCACCUGAACCACAAGCGCAACCACCCGGGCCGCAUCCUGGUCCUGAACGAAGUGGACCUGGAGGGGCCCCCCAAGAACUUCACCUACAUCAACAACUACCAGGUGGGCCAGGGCAUCGUGCUGGACGAGAUGGCCGUGGGCUGCGAGUGCAAGGACUGCCUGAAGGAGCCGGCGGGCGGCUGCUGCCCCGGGGCCUCGCUGCACCGCAUGGCCUACAACGACCGGGGCCAGGUCCGGGUCCGGCCGGGCCAGCCCAUCUACGAGUGCAACGCCCGCUGCAGCUGCAGCCCCGCCUGCCCCAACCGGGUGGUGCAGAAGGGCAUCCAGUUCGACCUGUGCAUCUUCAAGACGGAGAACGGCCGGGGGUGGGGCGUCCGCACGCUGCAGCGCAUCAAGAAGAACACGUUCAUCAUGGAGUACGUGGGCGAGAUCAUCACGACAGACGAAGCCGAGAGGCGGGGCCACGUGUACGACCGGCAGGGCGCCACCUACCUGUUCGACCUGGACUACGUGGAGGACGUGUACACGGUGGACGCCGCGCACCAGGGCAACGUGUCGCACUUCGUGAACCACAGUUGCAACCCCAACCUGCAGGUGUUCAACGUGUUCAUCGACAACAUCGAUGAGAGGCUCCCGAGAAUCGCUUUGUUUUCAACGCGGGCGAUCCGGGCCGGAGAGGAGCUCACCUUCGACUACAAGAUGCAGAUGGACCCGGUGGACUCGGAGAGCACCAGGAUGGACUCCAGCUUCAACGUGGCGGGUCUGCCCAGCUCCCCCAGGAAGAGGGUCCGGGUGGAGUGUCGAUGCGGAUCGGACUCGUGUCGGAAGUACCUGUUCUGACCGCCGGGUCCACGAGGACGGCGCUGUACAGAUUUGUAAAUUACUUUUUAAUUUUGUUUUUGUUUUCAUGAAAGCUGGAAUUCACUUUUUUACCAUGUAAAUAUGAAAACGCCCACGACGAACCACGAGGGAGUGGAGUGAUUUUAACCUCUGUACAGAUAGCUAAUACACGAUGUAUAACCCAUAAUACACGAUGUAUAACCCAUAAUACAUGAUGUAUUUCCCCAUCGUUCCUGAUGAGUGGUGUGAAUAUGAAUGUGUGUGUGUACAGUAUCUAUGUGGUCCAGUGAGUCUUUACAGUUUUUAUAUUUAAAGCUGUUGGUAUUUGUACUUUUAUAGGUGAAAUAACUCUAUGUAAAUAAAUGAAUUGAAGAUAA